UAGAGCGAGAGCGCGAGAGAAGGACAGGACAGCAGCUCGCGGAAGGGGCUCCGCUCCAGAGGACAAGAUGCUGCUCUUGCGCCGCCGUCGCGCCGUGUCCCCACCGCGCGCCCGGGCACGCGCCUAGCAGCGCACCAGGAUCUCCGCGCGCACUUCUGCCCGAAGUAGAGUGGAGUGAGAGCGCGGCCCCGCAGCGCGUGCGGGCUGGAGUUUAAGCGCCCUCGCUGGGGUUUUGCGCGUUUUCUCCCGUUUAAAUCGAGGGCGGCGGGAGGGGAGGCGAUGCACCGCGCGUUCUCGUUCCCGGGCGCGCCGGAGCGCAGCCGACACAAGGAGCGCCUCGAGGCCAGUCUUGCGGGGCUCUGCGAGCUCGAGCUGCUGCGCCAGCGCCAGGAGAGUCUGGUCCUGGGCGCGCUCGCUCUCGGGGACCCCCCCUGCACUCCGGGGCACGCGGCACGGGCCGACCCCCAGGCGGCGCGCUGCGCACUCCAGCCCGCGCCGCGCGCGCCCGACGCUCUCUCCCUCCGGCGACAGCUGAACAGUCUGCAGUCCAACCCAUGGGGUUUAAUGGCAGCGCUGGAGCAGCAAGUUGGAGAGCUGAGGGUGGAUGCAGAGGCCGCCAGCGUGGACUCCCCCGGGGAGGUGGGGGACAGCCGACCGAGUUCAGGGUUUUACGAGCUGAGUGAGGGCCAGUCUUCGGCGGGCCUUUCCGAUUCCCAGGCGUUUGCGGAACUCCCUUCCCACGGCUGCAGCCGGGCGCAAGCUACCUACCCCUGCGAGAGGCCCAAGUCCGUAGGAGAUGCUUUUGUGUCAAAUCGGGAGGCACUGCUGGACUCAGGGCCCAGGAGCAUGGUGCCACGCUCCUUCUCUGCUCCCUACCCAUCUCUGGAGGGCAUCACAGAAGGCCCUGGGGAGGAGGAGUCCUGGCCCUGGGACCCAAGCUAUUCUGAGGGCGAACCCACAGCUGAGGACUAUAAGCAGGCACGUCGCAUUGAGACCUACAUCCUAGGGCUCAUCCAGCGCCGUGCUCUAUCCCAGCGGCCCUGCAAACCGCGUACCAGCCUCUGCCCUGACUCUCGAGGCGUUGUCCGGCAGAGCAGCCUGUGUCGAAAGGAAACGCCUUUUAUUCCAGAUGUCCGCAAUGUUUCCCCUUGCCUGGAGGGUCAACCUUGGACUUGCCACACCGUUGACGAGCAGCACUACGGCAGCACGACUUUGCCCCCAGAGAACCACCGUCCUGUUCUGUAUGCUCGCCAAAGACCAAUGACCCUUUCUGGUGCACGAUCAGCUUCUUUGGACUACCCCUGCGGGGCCCCGGAUCCCAGUAGUAGCGAACCCGAGUCGCCUCAGCAUUUCCCCAGCUAUCCAGCUCCAGACUCUCCGCCUUCAUAUGACCAGUUAGUGAGCGCUCAGUAUAUCCCCGCCCAGCCUUGCCGCACCCCGACUCGGGCUCCCACGCAAAGGACCUCAGCUGCCCCGAAGGCUAGCAGGAGUGGUUACUCGCCAGAACGACCCCCGCCCAGGGCUCGAGCCACACCAAAGAAGUGCCGCUUCAGCGAGGACCGUCCAGCCUCCAGGAAGCCUGGCCGAAGGGCCUGCCGCUCACAGUCAGAAAACAGCCUUCUGGGCCAGAGAGGCGUCCCUGAGCGCAAGUACAACACUGUGGAAAGGGACAGUGGUCGGGGGAGCCAGGCCAAAGCCAAACGGCCACAGCCAGGGAGCACCGGUUACCGGCGUUGGCGCUCCACCUUAGAGCUCAGCCAAGACGAAGGGGAGCACCCGGGGGACCAGGCACCCCGACGAUCGCGAAAGGCCCGGCCUCCGGCUUUGCCCUACCCUUAUUCCCUGGGCCCGUCCCACGUCCAUCACCCAGCGGAAUACCUGGAUCACACCCUUCUGUGCCGGCCAGAUGAGGGCUACGCACAGCCCAUCCCAGGAGAGUCGGAGUCGAGCCUGAGCGAGGCAGACUCCCCAGGUUCCACAUCCCUGUCGAGUGAUUCUGAUGAGAGCGGUGGUCUCGUGUGGCCCCAGCAGCUCCCACCCCAGCUUGCUCCUGCCUCACCUCCCGCGCCACCCGGGGCGCCAGCUCAGCCAAAAGCCUUCGUCAAGAUUAAAGCUUCCCACGCGCUCAAGAAGAAGAUCCUGCGUUUUCGCACAGGUUCCCUCAAGGUUAUGACCACUGUGUGAGACCGUCUGCUUCCCCUCGCAAUCUGUACAGCUGCUAAGUGCACUGGGCACCCCGUGUUUCAUUGUCUUCCUCUCACUCCAAACGCUUCAAUGCAUCAACCUUCGCUGACAUUUCCUUGUGCCACAGUUCUAUCUCUGGGAAAGAUAAUGACGAGGGAAUCCCUGAUCCAGUCAAGCAUUAUGUGGGCUUUCUCACAUGUUCGUGGUGUUUGUUUUCAGGGGACAGCGCACACUACCAUGUACCAACUGUUUCCCUCAGCAUCGAGCAAUCCUGCACAGCCUUUGAGCCCCUGGCCAAAACUUCUUGGUUGGAGGAAACGAAGCAAGUAAAUGCACAGUUUAAAUGCACCGAUCUCACCAAUACCCUAUCAGUAUUACCAGACAGCUCAGUCAAAGACAGGUGGAAUUCACCAGUGAACAAAACUUGGCUGCCCUGCAAAUGAGCACCUGUAAACGUCUGUACAUACCAAAGUGUGGCCUUGUAUUUAUGAACAUAGUGUAUAAAUAAAAAGCUAUGACU